UCGUUCGUCAGUAUAUAUUAGUGAGUUAACUAAUUCCUCCGCUCUGAAAAACUGAGAGUGAUAUCGAAGGCAAAGAUCAAGAAGAAGAAGAAAGUGAAAGAGCAAGAGAUGGAGGCUAAUGUUCCUGUGGUGGAUUUUCAGAAGCUUUCAGAGGGAGAGGAAUGGAAGAAGCUAAGAGAAGCAUGUGAGAAAUGUGGUAUUUUCAGGGUGAUAAACCACCCUAUUCCAGACACACUCAUGAAAGAGAUGAAAUCAGCUGUGAAAUUCUGGCAUGAUCUUCCUUUAGAGAUAAAAAUGCGCAACAAAUCGAUAAUUCCUGAUAGUGGUUAUAUUCCACCGUUUCCAUCAAGUCCUCUAUAUGAGGCCAUGGGAAUAUAUGACUAUCAUAAAUCACCACAGGCACUUGAAGAUUUCUUUUCUCAGGUGGAUUUACCACCCCAUUACAGGAAAAUAGUAAAGACGUAUGGGAAAGCAAUUCAUGACUUGGCAUCAACUAUAGCACAAAAGAUGGCCAAGUGUUUGGGUAUAGUGGAUGUUGAUUUCAAGGACUGGCCUUUCCUUUUAAGAACUAUUAAAUACAAUUUCAGCCCUGAAAAUGUAGGUGAAAUGGGAAUAAUGUUGCACUCAGAUACAGGAUUUAUCACUCUACUUCAAGACGAUGAAACUGUUACUGGUCUUGAGCUGUUGGAUGAUUCUGGCUUAUUAAAAAAAGUGACUCCCAAAUCAGGGUCCUUCCUCUGCAUUGUUGGAGAUGUUGGACAUGUUUGGAGCAAUGAAAAAUUUUGGAAUGCCAGGCAUCGUGUAAUCUGCAAGGAAACAUGUACUCGUUAUUCGUUUGGUGUAUUUAUGUUAGCAGCAAGGGAUGGUAUUGUUGAAGCUCAUCCAAAGUUGGCGGAACUUAACGGUGGUCCACGUUAUCGACCAUUUAAGUAUGAAGAUUUAAGGGAGUUCAGAAUCGUCACAGGAAAAAGAAAUGCUGAAGUUCUUGAUCAAUAUCGCAUUGCUUAGUGGUUUUUGUGCACGCAAACACAUCAAACAACAGGACUUUACAAUGAAAAGUAAAGUUGGAAAUAACACCAAUGUUCCAUGCGUUUUGAAAAUCCUUUUAGUUUUUGUGUCUUUUUAUUUCGAUCAGUUGUGCAAUUUUUAAGAUAUAUAUCCGCAAAAGUUUGCACAUCUCAAUGUCAUUGUGAUUUUGUUGUACUUUUAUUUCAUUGUGUUUUUGUUGUAGUUGCGUUACUAUUGAACUUGUUAAAUGUUAUUAAAGUCUACAUAUAUAAA